AUGGCGCCAAGACGACGUACCGUAAAGAAAGGAGAGAGCCGAAUGGAUGCAGCUCUUGACGCCAUGGCUCCUUUCGGUUUCCCUAGCAAGCUCGUUCGGAGAACCGUUGAUCAACUACUUCAAGUUUAUGGCGGUAACGAUGGUUGGGUCUUCAUUGAAGAUUCAGCUUACACUCUUCUCAUCAAUACCCUACUUGAACAUCAACAAGAACAAGAUAAGGAUUGUUUGAUAGAGGAUAAUCCAGAAAAUCGUCCCAAUGAGGCAUCGACUUCUGGUUGCUCUAACAGAACCCUUCUCCUACCUUGCACUAACACGGAAGCUUCCAAUGAUGCACCAAUAGCUAAUCAGGCUGUUGGUACUACAUCAGCAGUCAGUGAAACUGGUAAUUAUCUUCCUAUAUCUGUAGAUACCACAACAGCUACAAGCAAAGCUGUUAUUGGACUUCCCAUCACUGGUGACACUUCAGCAGCCCCCAGUAGACCUAAUAAUCAACUUUCCAUUAUGGCCGCGGACACUGCAACAGCUACAGGAAAAGCUGUUAUCAAACCUCCCAUCAAGCCCGUAGGCACUGUAUCAGCAAACAAUGAAAUCAACAACCAAGUGUCCAUCAAGUCUAUUAUAGACACUGUAUCAGCAGACAAAAGAAAUGAACCUCCUCCGACAAAGUCCUCACAGCCUAAUGGAAAGCUUUGUCACAAGAGGCGUAGACCUUGCCAUGGUUGGAUUUCUAGUGAUGAUGAAACGGAGGAUCUAAUAGAACUACCUGCAUAA